UCAUCAUACCAUCACCAUCUCUUCGCCUCCCUGAGAAUUUUUUCACCAGUCUUCAAGCCAUGAAUAUUCAACUUCUAGAAUAAGGAAAAGGAAAACUAGAACAUCUUUCUACGCAUGUGCAUAGUUAAGGAGGAAGCUUUCGCCGGAGAAGAACUGGUGAAUCCCAGUUUUAAUGCCCACAUCGAUUUAUAUAUGAGGCUUCUCGACCUCAUUUCUUCCUUCCACUUUCACGUCAAAAUUUCGCUCAGCACUGCACCAUUACUCUUCUCCGUCUCCCACUCCCAUGGCAUUACCAUUCAGUCUCUAUCUGACCACUGUGGCAGAAGGUCAAGGUCAAAGCCUCGACAUACCAGUCAAGCAAAUGCACCAGACGAUGGGUGCGGUUCUGAUAGGUGUUAUAGUCGCGUCGUUCCUCUACGGCAUCUCCUUUAUUCAAGCCUACAUCUAUUAUUUCAUCACCCCUUCUCGAGAUCGAUGGCCUCUGAAGACAUUGGUUGGGGCGGUUAUAUUAUUCGACACGAUUCACCAAAUCCUCGUAUCCCACACGAUCUACACGUAUGUUAUCGUCAAUUACGGAAAGCCGCUCACCCUCGGCGUAGCAGUUUGGAGUCUAUUGGCGGAGGUGUUAUUCAAUGGCUUUACUGGGUUCCUCGUUCAAAGUUUCCUUACGAGGCGUGUCUGGCGCUUGAGCAAAAAAAAUUACUACUUGGCCGCUCCGGCAUUCUUCCUAGUCUUUGCCGAGUUUGGGUGCAUUAUCGCUUUUGGUAUCAAGGCUCUAGUCUCUGUCAAGACGUUUGAGGACCUUGGUACGAUGAAGUGGCUCUCUGUCCUUGUCAAUGCCCUCGCCGCAGCGGGUGACGUCUACAUCACUGCCUCUCUCUCUUACCUCCUUCAAGGAUCCCGCACGGGCUUCCAAAGGUCCGACGCUAUGAUUCGUAAACUGAUCAAUUAUGCUGUCAACACCGGUCUCUUGACGACCUGUACCGCCAUCGCGUCCUUGAUUUCAAUCUUAGCGGCACCCAAUACUUUCAUUUAUAUCGCGUUCUUCUUUGCUAUUGGACGCCUCUAUGCGAACUCCCUCCUUUGCACGCUUAACGCUCGACCAUUGAUUCGCCAAGUGGGCGAAGAGUGGAAUAGCACGAAUAGCAAUAUGUUUGGCAACAACCUCGGCACGACGCCUUCGAGCAGGUUAACUCAUAAUGGUGUCACCGUCCACAUCGACACUAUGCAAAAAUUCGACGCUGAUUUCGAUCGGGCUGAGAAAGGUGGAUCCGUGGAUGAGAUGGAGAUGAGUCCUAUAGGGAAGUCGAGUGGGGAUAUGGUUCACGAGAGUUUAGAGGAGAUCCAUGAGCAUCGUAAAAUCAGUCAUGUCGGUCACGGAAGGAACUUCUGCAAUAAGGAAGAUGAUAUUGACGCGGAACGAACGUCAGUCGUACGGCCUCCAAAAUGUUUGAUUCGUACAACGUAGACUCCGCUGGGCGUUUCGUCUACUUUUUUUUUCUUGGGCCAUUUAUCGUUUCCGUUUGUUUUUUUGUUUCUCUGUUUCUCGCUUGCUUUCAAUUCUUGAAUCCUCACGUCAACCCUCCCCUCCCCUCUUGCCCUUCCGUACAUCUCCCUACUGAACCCCCGUGUGGGUAGCUCCAUACAAUGCUUUUGCUUUCCGUUCUUGCAUGUCUGUUUCAUGUGUAUCAAUAACUUGCAUUCUCCGUUUUGCUUUUUUUGUUUCCUAGUUCUAAAAAAACCGCUUUCCCCUAUUCGUUGUACAUUGUAUCCUUAUAUACGCUUCUUGCUUCCUCUCAUCUUGGCCUUACAACCUUACCAAUGGUCAC